AUGAUACUGCUUCCAGACAUUAAGACGGCUACGCUACUAGUCAAUAAUUAUUUUGACAAGAUUCAUUGGUUUGUGCUUGUGUUCCACCAAAGAGAAUUUAGAGAUCAGUUUCAGCAGCUUUACGCCUCUGACUGGCAAAAUCUUGACGAGCAGAAAUGUCGGCUCGGUUUUGUCAGCGUAUUUCUCGCAGUCUGCGCCGUCAGUAUACAGUAUACCAGUUCUGAUCAAAAGCAUAAUCUAGAAGAUACUGGGAUUGAGCAACUUGUGCUACAGGACGAAAUACUUGAUGCUUUGAGGCUCAAACUUAUUGACAUUGCAUCACUAGGCUCCUUAGAGUCAAUCCAGACGUGUGUUCUGCUAGGGACCUACUAUCUCUACCAUGGGCAACCAGAACUUGCCUGGCCAAUUUGCGGCUGUGGCUUGCGGAUUGCUCAAGCUCUAAACUUGCAUCGACAAUCAUCAAGCGGUAGUUCUACGCCAGAUUUGGACGAUCCAUUACAAAGAGCUCAAGAAUCCAGGAAACGAUGUUGGUGGGCGAUAUAUGACAUAGAGACCUUCUGUUCAAUGCUGUAUGGCUUUCCGCUCAGCAUCUCGGACAGGGAUUGUGACGUUAAGCCCUUGCAUCCAUAUGCAGUAAGAUCGCUGGAUUCUCCAGGAGAUUCCGUCUUUCGCCGUGCAGCCGGCCAACCAACUCUUCUUUCGUACAAAUACUUCAUGGUGCAGCUGUCUAUUAUUGUCAAGGCAGUACUGGGUGAUCUUUAUGGUUUGCAUCGGUCCUCUGAAGAACCCCAGAGACGGGGUGACAAAUAUGAGUUGAAACAACUGGUCGAAACAAUCACAAGAUUAGAUGCAAGGCUACAAAAAUGGUCUCAGAGCUUGCCGGUACGGCUUUCGUUGAAAGAGGCGAUCAAAGCCUCGACUUCCAGUGUGCCUAAUUCGUUAGAUCGCUGUUUUGAAGAUCAUCUCUUCCAACUUCAGGCUCUUGCGCUUAAGCUCGGGUUCGAUAACGCAAGGAUACUGAUCUAUCGGCCCUUGCUUUCGUACAGACGAGUCGCCACUAGCCAUGCAACCAGCCAAAGUUCUGUAACACAGGAUAGGCAAGCUACAGAUCCGUUUCAGACAUCGAUACAGAUAUGCCGAGAUGCAGCACUUCAGAUUUCGUUGCUUGGUUCGCUUCCCAUCUUUCAGCAGGUCGCAGAUACGUACGCUGUAUCAUUUGUGUCGCAGCAUCUUUUCACAGCGGGUUUGACAUUGUCUAUCCUGACUAGUCUUGAACCAUUGAGCCGAGAGUCCCAUGAAUCGAAAAUGGGCUUACGGCGGCUCAUGGAAAUGCAAACCGGAUUGAAGUCUAAAAGUAUUAUCGCGGAACAGGGCUUCGGGAUACUGAAGACACUGAUGUCUCUCUUACUUGAAAAAGAAGCGAAGAAAUUAUUGGAUUUCGAGACCAAAGGCACGGGCGAUCAGAUAUUACCCAAUCCUCAGCAUUUGAUAUCACUCCCACAAAGCCCCCAUCAAGCGGAUAUACAGGCUAGCGAUCAAUCCACGGUCUCACCUAUGGAAACAUCAAAGGACAUCUUCACCAGUAUCGCCCUACCCGCAAACUCUCCCAGUUUCGUAGACAACGAUAACAUGCUGCGCUUUGAUAUCGGCGAAGACCCAUCGAUGAUACAGGCGCUGUUCAACUUCGAACAAGGUUCUGAGGAAAACACACAUGCAAACACCAGUAUGGAGCUGAGUGGCAUGGCAUCUUUGAUCGACAAUUCCUUUGGGGGUCAGGACCUUGGGUGGAUAUGGAGUAUCGACUCAUAUACGUAA